CUUCGGCCGGGACGCGGCGUCGGGAUGGGGCCCCUCAGGGAAAGCGCCAAGGAGCAGAAGAUGCAGGACAAGGAGAUUUGCCGCAGCCGUAUCCCUCGCCUGGUCCUCCGGCCUCAUCUGCCCCAGCAGCACUUCCAUCACCAGAAAGUGUCCCCAACAUCCGAGUCCCCCUUCUCUGAAGAGGAAAGCCGAGAAUUCAACCCCCUCGGCUCUUCCGGAGGGUCCGCAAGGACAAUCAGCAGCAACAGCUUUUGCUCAGAUGACACAGGUUGCCCCAGUAGCCAGUCAGUAUCUCCAGUUAAGACUCCUCCUGAUACUGGAAACAGUCCAGUCGGGUUUUGUACAGGCAGUGAUGGAGGUGACUACACAAGAAAGAAAUUUAAUUCGGGAACAAUGGGGGAUGGAACUCAACAGUCAGCUCGAUAUAAGAAGGAAACAAAGACAAGUCUCAUAAAACCAGGAAGCGAAGCUGAUUUUAGCUCAUCAAGCAGCACAGGAAGCAUUUCAGCUCCUGAAGUCCAUAUGUCUGCUGCUGGAAGCAAGAGAUCAUCGUUUCCUCGCAAUCGGGGGCCUCAUGGACGGAACAAUGGAUCCUUGUCUUUCAAGUCUGGGUCUAGUCCUCCGAUUACAUCCCGCGAGAAGGACUUCCUAUCGAUGCUGUGCAAAAAUCAGUUGAGUCCCAUUAGCACCCAUCAGAAUUAUGGGCCUUCUUCAGCCAGCAGCAGCAAUUCAGGUUCAUACAAGGGAAGUGAUAACAGCCCCAUUUUGAGGCGGCCGGCAAGAUACACCUCUUGUGGCGAGAACCACGGCAUUAAACCACCCAGCCCAGAGCAGUACCUGACCCCUCUGCAGCAAAAGGAAGUGACGCUGAGGCACCUGAAAACUAAACUGAAGGAAUCUGAGAGCAGACUUCAAGAAAGAGAAACAGAAAUCAAGGAACUGAAGUCUCAACUGGCGCGCAUGAGGGAAGACUGGAUUGAAGAAGAGUGUCAUCGUGUGGAAGCACAGCUCGCCUUGAAAGAGGCCAGGAAGGAGAUCAAGCAGCUCAAGCAGUUUAUCGAAACCAUGAAAAACAGCUUGGCUGAGAAAGACAAAGGGAUUCAGAAGUACUUUGUGGACAUCAACAUCCAGAACAAGAAGCUAGAAUCUCUGCUUCAGAGUAUGGAAAUGGCACAAAAUGGCUCUUCUAAUGAGGAUCAGGGUCUAGAGUAUGUGUGUGGCUCACCGGAUAAAUCGUCAACCCUGAGUACAGCCUAUUCCAAAAUGGCGGACAGCCUACUCACGGAGGACCACUCUACAGAGGAUAUGGCCGAUAGCGGUGUGCUGCUUAGUGAUGAUGUGGCGAAUGGGAAUGACAUAUUUGAAGAGACAAUGAUUGCUACGACACCUGAACUUGGUUGUCUGACUGCCUUUACAGCCUCUACCUUAAACCACCUGGAUCUUGUAAAAAACCUAAUUGACUCCAAAGAAGAUGAGGACCACCCUAACCAUAGUGUGGCGAUGGAACAGGCAGUUCAGGCGGAUGUGUUCCUGUACAGCUCAGACAUGGAACAGCUGAUUCAGAACAUAUUCAAAGCGCAAGAUGGUUGCCUCAUCAGCCCAUCCUCAUCUUUGAAAGAAUCAGAUGUAUCUUGUCCUGAAAGUAUCACAGACUUGCUCUUGGACUUGACUCCAUGUGACCCAAAUUCCGCUAUCCUUUUAUCCCCUGUGGAGUCAGUGCGUGGGGCUGUGGAUUCUCGAUACUACGAAAACCGAGUCAUGAAAGAACUGGAUUUCACAGACUGUCACACGGAAACGUUUGGCAGUGCUGCGGAGGCGUCCGAAGGAAGCGUCGUGAAAAGAUACUGGAGCAGCAACUUCCUCAUAGAUCUGUUGGCUGUAGCUGCCCCCGUAGUGCCAACGGUCGUGUGGAUGUUGAGUACUCAGAGAGGCGGAACGAAUCCGGUCUACAAUUUUGGAGCGUUGCUUCGAGGCUGCUGCCUGGUAGCCUUGAAUUCUCUUCGCCGGGUACCCAUCAAUCUCCAACCCUAGAUGUAACUGUCCUGUACAGUGUGCCAAGAGGCUGAGUCCCGGUGGGUGUCGUGAGGCCAUGGAAACGGUAGUGUAUGUAAUGGUGGGUCUGUCCGUUUUACUCCUCAGUGUUUGAUUUGCACUAUAUUUAGUCGAAAACGUCUGUUGUUUGAAACUGAAGGAGAAAGGCUAUUGGUGGCCUGGGGACUUGUUUCCACUCUGUGUAAAAACACAAGUGCAUUUUUAAAAGCAUGCUAAGCACCUCUCGUUCUGUCGUCGGAUGUAUGGAUUGUUAUACCAAAUGUUUUCAGAUGUGAGGGGAAAGUUCAUUCUUCCAAAGGCAGCUUACAUCAUCCUGGCAUGUAUUGUCUGACUGUGCUUCUUAGUGGCGCUUUGAUUAUGUAAUCACCCCUGCAUUUCACUGAUCCUGCGUACAAGGGGACCGUAACCAAAAAAUAAAUAAGAAUUUUUAAAAAAUCCAUUAUUGUAGAGGGGUGGGGGUCUUGAAUCACGUUAUUAAUCUCGUUUAUAAAUAUGGCUGUGAAUAUAUUUUAUGAAAUCUGUUUAAAGUCUUACUUGGAACGUGAUGAUGUCACUCAAGUGUAUGAAGGAAUAUUUUAAAUGUAUGGUGUACUAACUUAUUUUUCUCUUUCUUGUUAAAUCUUUUAAGGAAAAAAAUGCUUUAUAAUCACAAGUUAUAAAUAAAGCAUGUUGAAACUGACUUGGUGUCUUUGUUUUAGCUGAACAUGGCUCAAUGCAAAAGAUCUGAGUGCUCACUUGUGCUGUAAAACUGGAGGGGCCACAAACCAUAUACCAGCCUUGUCUAAUUUG